AUGAGACGCCAAAGAGAAAACGACCCACAAAUGAAUUUGAAACCAGGAAGACAGUUAAUGAUAGAUUUCCCCUUACCUUUGGAACAGCUGACUGCUGAGGUCCUGGGAAUUACCUGCUUGGUCUUGCUGUCUACCCUAGUGAAAACCAUAAUCCUUAUUUCUUAUAUUGAAAUUGAAAUACCAGUAUUGAAUAAUGCAUCACUAGUGAUACGGACUCAAAAAGCUCAAGAUAACUCUCUGGUGUCUCAUUGUGCCCAUUGUCCUCCUGAGGGAUUUACAUAUUACAACAAUUGCUAUUAUACAAAGCAUGAAAAAAUGACAUGGAAUGAGAGUGUGAUGGCCUGUGCUUCUCACCAGUCUAACCUGCUUUAUAUAGAGAGUGAAGAAGAAAUGAAAUUUCUGGUCUCCAUAUUACCUCCGAUUUGGGUUGGAAUAUUUCGUGACAGCAGACAUCAUGCAUGGAUGUCAGUAAAUGGUUCAACUUCCGAACUAAUGAUUGAAGAAAAUUCAGUUGGAGAAUAUAACUGUGUUAUGUUAUACUUAUCUAGUCUCCAUUCGUUUAUUUGCAAUUAUUCAAAUCUAUAUUAUUGCAAGCAUAAACUUCAGAAUUAG